AUGAGACCCAACGCGGCGGCCUCUUCGACAACAAUCGUCAUGACCCCGCGCUGGCUGCCGGCCUGUUUGGCUGGUCAGCAUGUGCGUGCAGCAGCGCCAUGCGGAGAGCACUUGUCCAAGGUUCAACCCAGAAUGUCUUACAAGACCCCGCGUGUCGAGAGACUUGAGGCGACCUCCGCCCAAAGUCACUGGCCAGCAACUUGCCUCUUUCGUAAUCCUGCACGUUGGCUCAAUUCCCCCCUUCCCAGCUGA